AUGGAGGUGCGUGGGGCUCAAUUCUCCCGAUUUCCAUCACCAAACCCCAUUCUCCCGCUUUCCAUCACCCCGCCCCAAUCUCCCUCUUUCCAUCACCCCACCCCAUUCUCCUGCUUUCCAUCACCCCGUCCCAUUCUCCCGCUUUCCAUCACCCCGCCCCAUUCUCCCGCUUUCCAUCACCCCGCCCCAUUCUCCCUCUUUCCAUCACCCCGCCCCAAUCGACCGCUUUCCAUCACCCCGCCCCAUUCUCCCUCUUUCCAUCCCCCAGCCCCAGUCUCCCGCUUUCUAUCACCCCGCCCCAUUCUCCCGCAUUCCACCACCCCGCCCCAUUCUCCCUCUUUCCAUCACCCAGCCCCAUUCCCCCGCUUUCCAUCACCCAGCCCCAUUCUCCCGCUUUCCAUCACCCCACCCCAUUCUCCCGCUUUCCUUCACCCCACCCCGUUCUCCCGCUUUCCAUCACCCCGCCCCAUUCUCCCUCUUUCCAUCGCCCCACCCCAUUCUCCCGCAUUUCAUCACCCCGCCCCGUUCUCCCGCUUUCCAUCACCCCGCCCCGUUCUCCCGCUUUCCAUCACCCCGCCCCGUUCUCCCUCUUUCCAUCACCCCGCCCCAUUCUCCCGCUUUCCAUCACCCCGCCCCAUUCUCCCUCUUUCCAUCACCCCGCCCCAUUCUCCCGCUUUCCAUCACCCCGCCCCAUUCUCCCGCUUUCCAUCACCCCGCCCCAUUCUCCCGCUUUCCAUCACCCCACCCCAUACUCCCGCUUUCCAUCACCCCGCCCCAUUCUCCCGCUUUCCAUCACCCCGCCCCAUUCUCCCGCUUUCCAUCGCCCCGCCCCAUUCUCCCUCUUUCCAUCGCCCCGCCCCAUUCUCCCUCUUUCCAUCACCCCGCCCCAUUCUCCCGCUUUCCAUCGCCCCGCCCCAUUCUCCCGCUUUCCAUCGCCCCGCCCCAUUCUCCCGCUUUCCAUCACCCCACCCCAUUCUCCCGCUUUCCAUCACCCCGCCCCAUUCUCCCGCUUUCCAUCACCCCGCCCCAUUCUCCCGCUUUCCAUCACCCCGCCCCAUUCUCCCUCUUUCCAUCACCCCGCCCCAUCCCGCUUUCCAUCACCCCGACUUAUUUUCCAUCUUUCCAUCACCCCGCCCCAUUCUCCCUCUUUCCAUCGCCCCGCCCAUUCUCCCGCUUUCCAUCACCCCGCCUCAUUCUCCUGCUUUCCAUCACCCCUCCCCAUUCUUCCGCUUUCCAUCACCCCGCCCCAUUCUCCAGCUUUCCAUCACCCCGCCCCAUUCUCCCCCUUUCCAUCACCCCGCCCCAUUCUCCCGCUUUCCAUCACCCCGCCCCAUUCUCCUGCUUUCCAUCACCCCGCCCCAUUCUCACGCUUUCCAUCACCCCGCCCCAUUCUCCCUCUUUCCAUCACCCCGCCCCAUUCUCCCUCUUUCCAUCACCGCGCCCCAUUCUCCCGCUUUCCAUCACCUCGCCCCAUUCUCCAUCUUUCCAUCACACUGCCCCAUUCUCCCUCUUUCCAUCACCCAGCCCCAUUCUCCCGCUUUCCAUCACCCAGCCCCAUUCUCCCUCUUUCCAUCACCCCGCCCCAUUCUCCCUCUUUCCAUCACCCCGCCCUAUUCUCCCUCAUUCCAUCACCCCGCCCCAUUCUCCUGCUUUCCAUCACCCCGCCCCAAUCUCCCGCUUUCCAUCGCCUCGCCCCAUUCUCCCGCUUUCCAUCGCCCCGCCCCAUUCUCCCGGUUUCCAUCACCCCGCCCCAUUCUCCCUCUUUCCAUCGCCCCACCCAUUCUCCCGCUUUCCAUCACCCCGCCUCAUUCUCCCGCUUUCCAUCGCCCCUCCCCAUUCUUCCGCUUUCCAUCACCCCGCCCCAUUCUCCCGCUUUCCAUCACCCCGCCCCAUUCUCCCUCCUUCCAUCACCCCGCCCCAUUCUCCCGAUUUCCAUCACCAAACCCCAUUCUCCCGCUUUCCAUCACCCCGCCCCAAUCUCCCUCUUUCCAUCACCCCACCCCAUUCUCCUGCUUUCCAUCACCCCGUCCCAUUCUCCCGCUUUCCAUCACCCCGCCCCAGUCUCCCGCUUUCCAUCACCCCGCCCCAUUCUCCCUCUUUCCAUCACCCCGCCCCAAUCGACCGCUUUCCAUCACCCCGCCCCAUUCUCCCUCUUUCCAUCCCCCAGCCCCACUCUCCCGCUUUCUAUCACCCCGCCCCAUUCUCCCGCAUUCCACCACCCCGCCCCAUUCUCCCUCUUUCCAUCACCCAGCCCCAUUCUCCCUCUUUCCAUCACCCCGCCCCAUUCUCCCGCUUUCCAUCACCCCGCCCCAUUCUCCCGCUUUCCAUCGCCCCGCCCCAUUCUCCCGCUUUCCAUCGCCCCACCCCAUUCUCCCGCUUUCCAUCCCCCCGCCCCAUUCUCCCGCUUUCCAUCACCCCGCCCCAUUCUCCCGCUUUCCAUCACCCCGCCCCAUUCUCCCUCUUUCCAUCACCCCGCCCCAUCCCGCUUUCCAUCACCCCGACUUAUUUUCCAUCUUUCCAUCACCCCGCCCCAUUCUCCCUCUUUCCAUCGCCCCGCCCAUUCUCCCGCUUUCCAUCACCCCGCCUCAUUCUCCUGCUUUCCAUCACCCCUCCCCAUUCUUCCGCUUUCCAUCACCCCGCCCCAUUCUCCAGCUUUCCAUCACCCCGCCCCAUUCUCCCGCUUUCCAUCACCCCGCCUCAUUCUCCCUCUUUCCAUCGCCCCGCCCCAUUCUCCCGCUUUCCAUCGCCCCGCCCCAUUCUCCCGCUUUCCAUCGCCCCGCCCCAUUCUCCCGCUUUCCAUCGCCCCGCCCCAUUCUCCCGCUUUCCAUCGCCCCGCCCCAUUCUCCCGCUUUCCAUCGCCCCGCCCCAUUCUCCCGCUUUCCAUCACCCCGCCCCAUUCUCACGCUUUCCAUCACCCCGCCCCAUUCUCCCUCUUUCCAUCACCCCGCCCCAUUCUCCCUCUUUCCAUCACCGCGCCCCAUUCUCCCGCUUUCCAUCACCUCGCCCCAUUCUCCAUCUUUCCAUCACACUGCCCCAUUCUCCCUCUUUCCAUCACCCAGCCCCAUUCUCCCGCUUUCCAUCACCCAGCCCCAUUCUCCCUCUUUCCAUCACCCCGCCCCAUUCUCCCUCUUUCCAUCACCCCGCCCCAUUCUCCCUCAUUCCAUCACCCCGCCCCAUUCUCCUGCUUUCCAUCACCCCGCCCCAAUCUCCCGCUUUCCAUCGCCUCGCCCCAUUCUCCCGCUUUCCAUCGCCCCGCCCCAUUCUCCCGCUUUCCAUCACCCCGCCCCAUUCUUCCUCUUUCCAUCGCCCCACCCAUUCUCCCGCUUUCCAUCACCCCGCCUCAUUCUCCCGCUUUCCAUCGCCCCUCCCCAUUCUUCCGCUUUCCAUCACCCCGCCCCAUUCUCCCGCUUUCCAUCCCCCCGCCCCAUUCUCCCUCCUUCCAUCACCCCGCCCCAUUCUCCCGAUUUCCAUCACCAAACCCCAUUCUCCCGCUUUCCAUCACCCCGCCCCAAUCUCCCUCUUUCCAUCACCCCACCCCAUUCUCCUGCUUUCCAUCACCCCGUCCCAUUCUCCCGCUUUCCAUCACCCCGCCCCAUUCUCCCGCUUUCCAUCACCCCGCCCCAUUCUCCCUCUUUCCAUCACCCCGCCCCAAUCGACCGCUUUCCAUCACCCCGCCCCAUUCUCCCUCUUUCCAUCCCCCAGCCCCAGUCUCCCGCUUUCUAUCACCCCGCCCCAUUCUCCCACAUUCCACCACCCCGCCCCAUUCUCCCUCUUUCCAUCACCCAUCCCCAUUCCCCCGCUUUCCAUCACCCAGCCCCAUUCUCCCGCUUUCCAUCACCCCACCCCAUUCUCCCGCUUUCCUUCACCCCACCCCUUUCUCCCGCUUUCCUUCACCCCACCCCGUUCUCCCGCUUUCCAUCACCCCGCCCCAUUCUCCCUCUUUCCAUCGCCCCACCCCAUUCUCCCGCAUUCCAUCACCCCGCCCCGUUCUCCCGCUUUCCAUCACCCCGCCCCGUUCUCCCGCUUUCCAUCACCCCGCCCCGUUCUCCCUCUUUCCAUCACCCCGCCCCAUUCUCCCGCUUUCCAUCACCGCGCCCCAUUCUCCCUCUUUCCAUCACCCCGCCCCAUUCUCCCGCUUUCCAUCACCCCGCCCCAUUCUCCCGCUUUCCAUCACCCCGCCCCAUUCUCCCGCUUUCCAUCACCCCACCCCAUACUCCCGCUUUCCAUCACCCCGCCCCAUUCUCCCGCUUUCCAUCACCCCGCCUCAUUCUCCCGCUUUCCAUCGCCCCGCCCCAUUCUCCCUCUUUCCAUCGCCCCGCCCCAUUCUCCCUCUUUCCAUCACCCCGCCCCAUUCUCCCGCUUUCCAUCGCCCCGCCCCAUUCUCCCGCUUUCCAUCGCCCCGCCCCAUUCUCCCGCUUUCCAUCACCCCACCCCAUUCUCCCGCUUUCCAUCACCCCGCCCCAUUCUCCCGCUUUCCAUCACCCCGCCCCAUUCUCCCGCUUUCCAUCACCCCGCCCCAUUCUCCCUCUUUCCAUCACCCCGCCCCAUCCCGCUUUCCAUCACCCCGACUUAUUUUCCAUCUUUCCAUCACCCCGCCCCAUUCUCCCUCUUUCCAUCGCCCCGCCCAUUCUCCCGCUUUUCAUCACCCCGCCUCAUUCUCCUGCUUUCCAUCACCCCUCCCCAUUCUUCCGCUUUCCAUCACCCCGCCCCAUUCUCCAGCUUUCCAUCACCCCGCCCCAUUCUCCCGCUUUCCAUCACCCCGCCCCAUUCUCCCGCUUUCCAUCACCCCGCCCCAUUCUCCUGCUUUCCAUCACCCCGCCCCAUUCUCACGCUUUCCAUCACCCCGCCCCAUUCUCCCUCUUUCCAUCACCCCGCCCCAUUCUCCCUCUUUCCAUCACCGCGCCCCAUUCUCCCGCUUUCCAUCACCUCGCCCCAUUCUCCAUCUUUCCAUCACACUGCCCCAUUCUCCCUCUUUCCAUCACCCAGCCCCAUUCUCCCGCUUUCCAUCACCCAGCCCCAUUCUCCCUCUUUCCAUCACCCCGCCCCAUUCUCCCUCUUUCCAUCAAACCGCCCCAUUCUCCCUCUUUCCAUCACCCCACCCCAUUCUCCUGCUUUCCAUCACCCCGUCCCAUUCUCCCGCUUUCCAUCACCCCGCCCCAUUCUCCCGCUUUCCAUCACCCCGCCCCAUUCUCCCUCUUUCCAUCACCCUGCCCCAAUCGACCGCUUUCCAUCACCCCGCCCCAUUCUCCCUCAUUCCAUCCCCCAGCCCCACUCUCCCGCUUUCUAUCACCCCGCCCCAUUCUCCCGCAUUCCACCACCCCGCCCCAUUCUCCCGCUUUCCAUCACCCAGCCCCAUUCUCCCUCUUUCCAUCACCCCGCCCCAUUCUCCCUCUUUCCAUCACCCCGCCCAAAUCUCCCUCUUUCCAUCACCCCGCCCCAUUCUCCCGCUUUCCAUCACCCCGCCCCAUUCUCCCGCUUUCCACCACCCCGCCCCAUUCUCCCGCUUUCCAUCACCCCGCCCCAUUCUCCCGUUUUCCAUCACCUAGCCCCAUUCUCUCUCUUUCCAUCACACCGCCCCAUUCUCCCUCUUUCCAUCACCCAACCCCAUUCUCCCGCUUUCCAUCACCCAGCCCCAUUCUACCUCUUUCAAUCACCCCGCCCCAUUCUCCCUCUUUCCAUCACCCAGCCCCAUUCCCCCGCUUUUCAUCACCCAGCCCCAUUCUCCCGCUUUCCAUCACCCCACCCCAUUCUCCCGCUUUCCUUCACCCCACCCCGUUCUCCCGCUUUCCAUCACCCCGCCCCAUUCUCCCUUUUUCCAUCGCCCCACCCCAUUCGCCCGCUUUCCAUCGCCCCGCCCCGUUCUCCCGCUUUACAUCAUUCCGCACCGUUCUCCCUCUUUCCAUCACCCCGCCCCAUUCUCCCGCAUUCCAUCACCCCGCCCCGUUCUCCCGCUUUCCAUCACCCCGCCCCGUUCUCCCGCUUUCCAUCACCCCGCCCCGUUCUCCCUCUUUCCAUCACCCCGCCCCGUUCUCCCGCUUUCCAUCGCCCCGCCCCAUUCUCCCGCUUUCCAUCGCCCCGCCCCAUUCUCCCUCUUUCCAUCGCCCCGCCCCAUUCUCCCGCUUUCCAUCGCCCCGCCCCAUUCUCCCUCUUUCCAUCGCCCCGCCCCAUUCUCCCUCUUUCCAUCGCCCCGCCCCAUUCUCCCGCUUUCCAUCGCCCCGCCCCAUUCUCCCGCUUUCCAUCACCCCGCCGCAUUCUCCCGCUUUCCAUCACCCCGCCCCAUUCUCCCGCUUUCCAUCACCCCGCCCCAUUCUCCCUCUUUCCAUCACCCCGCCCCAUUCUCCCACUUUCCAUCACCCCGACUUAUUCUCCAUCUUUCCAUCACCCCGCCCCAUUCUCCCUCUUUCCAUCGCCCCGCCCAUUCUCCCGCUUUCCAUCACCCCGCCUCAUUCUCCUGCUUUCCAUCACCCCUCCCCAUUCUUCCACUUUCCAUCACCCUGCCCCAUUCUCCCUCUUUCCAUCACCCCGCCCCAUUCUCCCACUUUCCAUCACCCCGCCUCAUUCACCCUCUUUCCAUCGCCCCACCCCAUUCUCCCGCUUUCCAUCGCCCCGCCCCAUUCUCCCGCUUUCCAUCGCCCCGCCCCAUUCUCCCGCUUUCCAUCACCCCGCCCCAUUCUCCCGCUUUCCAUCACCCAGCCCCAUUCUACCUCUUUCAAACACCUCGCCCCAUUCUCCCUCUUUCCAUCACCCAGCCCCAUGCCCCCGCUUUCCAUCACCCAGCCCCAUUCUCCCGCUUUUCAUCACCCCACCCCAUUCUCCCGCUUUCCAUCACCCCACCCUGUUCUCCCGCUUUCCAUCACCCCGCCCCAUUCUCCCUCUUUCCAUCGCCCCGCCCCGUUCUCCUGCUUUACAUCAUUCCGCACCAUUCUCCCUCUUUCCAUCACCCCGCCCCAUUCUCCCUCUUUCCAUCGCCCCGCCCAUUCUCCCGCUUUCCAUCACCCCGCCUCAUUCUCCCGCUUUCCAUCACCCCUCCCCAUUCUUCCGCUUUCCAUCACCCCGCCCCAUUCUCCCGCUUUCCAUCACCUCGCCCCAUUCUCCCUCCUUCCAUCACCCCGCCCCAUUCUCCCGAUUUCCAUCACCCCGCCCCAUUCUCCCGCUUUCCAUCACCCCGCCCCAAUCUCCGUCUUUCCAUCACCCCACCCCAUUCUCCCGCUUUCCAUCACCCCGUCCCAUUCUCCCGCUUUCCAUCACCCCGCCCCAUUCUCCCGCUUUCCAUCACCCCGCCCCAUUCUCCCUCUUUCCAUCACCCCGCCCCAAUCGACCGCUUUCCAUCACCCCGCCCCAUUCUCCCUCUUUCCAUCCCCCAGCCCCAGUCUCCCGCUUUCUAUCACCCCGCCCCAUUCUCCCGCUUUCCACCACCCCGCCCCAUUCUCCCGCUUUCCAUCACCCAGCCCCAUUCUCCCUCUUUCCAUCACCCUGCCCCAUUCUCCCUCUUUCCAUCACCCCGCCCAAAUCUCCCUCUUUCCAUCACCCCGCCCCAUUCUCCCGCUUUCCAUCACCCUGCCCCAUUCUCCCGCUUUCCAUCACCCCGCCCCAUUCUCCCGCUUUCCAUCACCCCGCCCCAUUCUCCCGCUUUCCAUCACCCCGCCACAUUCUCCUUCUUUCCAUCAACCCGCCCCGAUCGACCGCUUUCCAUCACCCCGCCCCAUUCUCCCUCUUUCCAUCACCCCGCCCCCCCCAUUCUCUCUCUUUCCAUCACACCGCCCCAUUCUCCCUCUUUCUAUCACCCAGCCCCAUUCUCCCGCUUUCCAUCACCCAACCCCAUGCCCCCGCUUUCCAUCACCCAGCCCCAUUCUCCCGCUUUCCAUCACCCCACCCCAUUCUCCCGCUUUCCAUCACCCCACCCUGUUCUCCCGCUUUCCAUCACCCUGCCCCAUUCUCCCUCUUUCCAUCGCCCCACCCCAUUCUCUCGCUUUCCAUCGCCCCGCCCCGUUCUCCCGCUUUACAUCAUUCGGCAUCAUUCUCCCUCUUUCCAUCACCCCGCCCCAUUCUCCCUCUUUCCAUCGCCCCGCCCAUUCUCCCGCUUUCCAUCACCCCGCCUCAUUCUCCCGCUUUCCAUCACCCCUCCCCAUUCUUCCGCUUUCCAUCACCCGGCCCCAUUCUCCCGCUUUCCAUCACCUCGCCCCAUUCUCCCUCCUUCCAUCACCCCGCCCCAUUCUCCCGAUUUCCAUCACCCCGUCCCAUUCUCCCGCUUUCCAUGACCCCGCCCCAUUCUCCCUCUUUCCAUCACCCCGCCCCAAUCGACCGCUUUCCAUCACCCCGCCCCAUUCUCCCUCUUUCCAUCCCCCAGCCCCAGUCUCCCGCUUUCUAUCACCCCGCCCUAUUCUCCCGCUUUCCACCACCCCGCCCCAUUCUCCGCUUUCCAUCACCCAGCCCCAUUCUCCCUCUUUCCAUCACCCCGCCCCAUUCUCCCUCUUUCCAUCAGCCCGCCCAGAUCUCCCUCUUUCCAUCACCCCGCCCCAUUCUCCCGCUUUCCAUCACCCCGCCCCAUUCUCCCGCUUUCCAUCACCCCGCCCCAUUCUCCCGCUUUCCAUCACCCCGCCCCACUCUCCCGCUUUCCAUCACCCCGCCCCAUUCUCCCGCUUUCCAUCACCCCCGCCACAUUCUCCUUCUUUCCAUCACCCCGCCCCGAUCGACCGCUUUCCAUCACCCCGCCCCAUUCUCGCUCUUUCCAUCACCCCGCCCCGUUCUCCCUCUUUCCAUCACCCCGCCCCAUUCUCCCUCUUUCCAUCACCCAGCCCCAUUCUCUCUCUUUCCAUCACACCGCCCCAUUCUCCCUCUUUCCAUCAUCCAGCCCCAUUCUCCCGCUUUCCAUCACCCAGCCCCAUUCUACCUCUUUCAAUCACCCCGCCCCAUUCUCUCUCUUUCCAUCACACCGCCCCAUUCUCCCUCUUUCCAUCACCCAGCCCCAUUCUCCCUCUUUCCAUCACCCAGCUCCAUUCUCUCUCUUUCCAUCACACCGCCCCAUUCUCCCUCUUUCCAUCACCCAGCCCCAUUCUCCCGCUUUCCAUCACCCAACCCCAUGCCCCCGCUUUCCAUCACCCAGCCCCAUUCUCCCGCUUUCCAUCACCCCACCCCAUUCUCCCGCUUUCCAUCACCCCACCCUGUUCUCCCGCUUUCCAUCACCCCGCCCCAUUCUCCCUCUUUCCAUCGCCCCACCCCAUUCUCUCGCUUUCCAUCGCCCCGCCCCGUUCUCCCGCUUUACAUCAUUCCGCACCAUUCUCCCUCUUUCCAUCACCCCGCCCCAUUCUCCCUCUUUCCAUCGCCCCGCCCAUUCUCCCGCUUUCCAUCACCCCGCCUCAUUCUCCCGCUUUCCAUCACCCCUCCCCAUUCUUCCGCUUUCCAUCACCCCGCCCCAUUCUCCCGCUUUCCAUCACCUCGCCCCAUUCUCCCUCCUUCCAUCACCCCGCCCCAUUCUCCCGAUUUCCAUCACCCCGCCCCAUUCUCCCGCUUUCCAUCACCCCGCCCCAAUCUCCCUCUUUCCAUCACCCCACCCCAUUCUCCCGCUUUCCAUCACCCCGUCAAAUUCUCCCGCUUUCCAUCACCCCGCCCCAUUCUCCCGCUUUCCAUCACCCCCCCCCAUUCUCCCUCUUUCCAUCACCCCGCCCCAAUCGACCGCUUUCCAUCACCCCGCCCCAUUCUCCCUCUUUCCAUCCCCCAGCCCUAGUCUCCCGCUUUCUAUCACCCCGCCCCAUUCUCCCGCUUUCCACCACCCCGCCCCAUUCUCCAGCUUUCCAUCACCCAGCCCCAUUCUCCCUCUUUCCAUCACCCCGCCCCAUUCUCCCUCUUUCCAUCACCCCGCCCAAAUCUCCCUCUUUCCAUCACCCCGCCCCAUUCUCCCGCUUUCCAUCACCCCGCCCCAUUCUCCCGCUUUCCAUCACCGCGCCCCAUUCUCCCGCUUCCAUUACCCCGCCCCAUUCUCCCGCUUUCGAUCACCCCGCCCCAUUCUCCCGCUUUCCAUCACCCCGCCCCAUUCUCCCGCUUUCCAUCACCCCGCCCCAUUCUCCCGCUUUCCAUCACCCCGCCCCAUUCUCCCGCUUUCCAUCACCCCGCCCCAUUCUCCCGCUUUCCAUCACCCCGCCCCAUUCUCCCGCUUUCCAUCACCCCGCCCCAUUCUCCCGCUUUCCAUCACCCCGCCCCAUUCUCCCGCUUUCCAUCACCCCGCCCCAUUCUCCCGCUUUCCAUCACCCCGCCCCAUUCUCCCGCUUCCAUUACCCCGCCCCAUUCUCCCGCUUCCAUGACCCCGCCCCAUUCUCCCGCUUCCGAUCACCCCGCCCCAUUCUCCCGCUUUCCAUCACCCUGCCCCAUUCUCCCGCUUUCCAUCACCCCGCCCCAUUCUCCCGCUUUCCAUCACCCCGCCCCAUUCUCCCGCUUUCCAUCACCCCGCCCGAUUCUCCCGCUUUCCAUCACCCCGCCCCAUUCUCCCGCUUUCCAUCACCCCGCCCCAUUCUCCCGCUUUCCAUCACCCCGCUCCAUUCUCCCGCUUUCCAUCACCCCGCCCCAUUCUCCCUCUUUCCAUCACCCCGCCCCAUUCUCCCUCCUUCCAUCACCCCGCCCCAUUCUCCCUCCUUCCAUCACCCCGCCCCAUUCUCCCGCUUUCCAUCACCCCGCCCCAUUCUCCCGAUUUCCAUCACCCCGCCCCAUUCCCUCUCUUUCCAUCACCCCGCCCUUUUCUCCCUCUUUCCAUCACCCCGCCCCAUUCUCCCACUUUCCAUCACCCCGCCCCAUUCUCCCUCUUGCCAUCACCCCGCCCUAUUCCCCCUCUUGCCAUCACCCCGCCCCAUUCUCCCCCUCUCCAUCACCCCGCCCCAUUCUCCCGCUUUCCAUCACCCCGCCCCAUUCUCCUGCUCUCCAUCACCCCGGCCCAUUCUCCAGCUUUCCAGCACCCCGCCCCUUUCCCCCGCUUUCCAUCACCCCGCCCCAUUCUCCCGCUCUCUAUCACCCCGCCCCAUUCUCCCGUUUUCCAUCACCCGCCCCAUUCUCCCUCUUUCCAUCACCCCGCCCCAUUCCCCCUCUUUCCAUCACCCGCCCCAUUCUCCCUCUUUCCAUCACCCCGCCCCAUUCUCCCUCUUUCCAUCACCCCGCCCCAUUCUCCCGCUUUCCAUCACCCUGCCCCAUUCUCCCGCUCUCCAUCACCCCGCCCCAUUCUCCCGUUUUCCAUCACCCCGCCCCAUUCUCCCGCUUUCCAGCACCCCGCCCCAUUCUCCCGCUUUCCCUCACCCCGCCCCAUUCUCCCGCUCUCCAUCACCCCGCCCCAUUCUCCCGCUUUCCAUCACCCGCCCCAUUCUACCUCUUUCCAUCACCCCGCCCCAUUCUCCCUCUUUCCAUCACCCCGCCCCAUUCUCCCGCUUUCCAUCACCCGCCCCAUUCUUUUGCUUUCCAUCACCCCACCCCAUUCUCCCGCUUUCCAGCACCCCGCCCCAUUCUCCCGCUUUCCAUCAUCCCGCCCCAUUCUCCCGCUUUCCAUCACCCCGCCCCAUUCUCUCUCUUGCCAUCACCCCGCCCCAUUCUCCCUCUUGCCAUCACCCCGCACCAUUCUCCCUCUCUCCAUCACCACGCCCCAUUCUCCCGCUCUCCAUCACUCCACCUCAUUCUCCCGCUCUCCAUCACCCCGCCCCAUUCUCCCGCUAUCCAUCAGGGUUUAGGGUUUAG